AUGCUACACAAGGGGCGGUACCUGGGCGUGGCGCGCGUCGCGGAAGGCGCGCUUGCAGACGGCGCACACGCGCACGAGGCGCGGCGCCAGCUCCUGCUCGUGCUACACAAGGGGCGGUACCUGGGCGUGGCGCGCGUCGCGGAAGGCGCGCUUGCAGACGGCGCACACGCGCACGAGGCGCGGCGCCAGCUCCUGCUCGUGCUACACAAGGGGCGGUACCUGGGCGUGGCGCGCGUCGCGGAAGGCGCGCUUGCAGACGGCGCACACGCGCACGAGGCGCGGCGCCAGCUCCUGCUCGUGCUACACAAGGGGCGGUACCUGGGCGUGGCGCGCGUCGCGGAAGGCGCGCUUGCAGACGGCGCACACGCGCACGAGGCGCGGCGCCAGCUCCUGCUCGUGCUACACAAGGGGCGGUACCUGGGCGUGGCGCGCGUCGCGGAAGGCGCGCUUGCAGACGGCGCACACGCGCACGAGGCGCGGCGCCAGCUCCUGCUCGUGCUACACAAGGGGCGGUACCUGGGCGUGGCGCGCGUCGCGGAAGGCGCGCUUGCAGACGGCGCACACGCGCACGAGGCGCGGCGCCAGCUCCUGCUCGUGCUACACAAGGGGCGGUACCUGGGCGUGGCGCGCGUCGCGGAAGGCGCGCUUGCAGACGGCGCACACGCGCACGAGGCGCGGCGCCAGCUCCUGCUCGUGCUACACAAGGGGCGGUACCUGGGCGUGGCGCGCGUCGCGGAAGGCGCGCUUGCAGACGGCGCACACGCGCACGAGGCGCGGCGCCAGCUCCUGCUCGUGCUACACAAGGGGCGGUACCUGGGCGUGGCGCGCGUCGCGGAAGGCGCGCUUGCAGACGGCGCACACGCGCACGAGGCGCGGCGCCAGCUCCUGCUCGUGCUACACAAGGGGCGGUACCUGGGCGUGGCGCGCGUCGCGGAAGGCGCGCUUGCAGACGGCGCACACGCGCACGAGGCGCGGCGCCAGCUCCUGCUCGUGCUACACAAGGGGCGGUACCUGGGCGUGGCGCGCGUCGCGGAAGGCGCGCUUGCAGACGGCGCACACGCGCACGAGGCGCGGCGCCAGCUCCUGCUCGUGCUACACAAGGGGCGGUACCUGGGCGUGGCGCGCGUCGCGGAAGGCGCGCUUGCAGACGGCGCACACGCGCACGAGGCGCGGCGUCAGCUCCUCCUCGUGCGCGCGCACGUGCAUGCGCAGGCGCGACCGCCGCGUCAACUGCUUCAGGCAGAUGUGGCACUGGAACGGCUUGAUCUGCGGACCAACCGCUGUACUGUACCCUGGCUUUCAUCACACUAA